AGUCUCACUGCAUGAACUUAGUUAUAGCUUUUUAGGAUACCUGGUCGAGAUAUCUGCAACAUACCCCGCAAGCGCUGUCCAAAGAUUAGCUAAUGGUACUUAUAACCUUUAGUUCUCUGACGUCAGGGACGGGGAUUGGUCUUCGGGCGCGAGACAUGUAGGCUGCACGUAGGACAGGAGAUGUCAGGUGAGAUAUAUUGUGAUAUAACUCUAAUCCAUGGCAUGGUUGCAUCUUGUUAAUAGUCAGAUUAGAGUAUCUGGGCUAUUCACGAGCCGCGUGGCAACCUGCCCAUCCUGCCAAUAUAGUCUCUCUGAUCAUGGUUUUGUUGAAUAGAGACUCUCAACAUCCUCUGAAGGGGCUUCAACCACCAGUUGUGCAUAUUCCUCGUGAAGUUCGACGAUCUGAACAUGUCAACGAGGUCUAUAGCCAGGUCUUGGACGAAUAUGGCCCUGUCGUGAUAGUCCCUCGACACGGCCGGAAUGAAUACGUAAUCGACCACCGAUACGCCCAUCAGGUUCUCACCGACACGCAGAAUUUCACCUUUGAGAAGGCUGCGUUCGAGUUUCUUCACUUGGGGUUUAUCGCGCUCUUCGACAAUGGCGUCUUUGUCCGUGAUGUGGAUAACCUAAUUGAGCACAACGUGCAGCCGCGUAUGAACGCCAUCAUAGAACGGAUCUUGCCGGUUUUCGAGGCAUGUUUUGACCGGAUGGCUAGCGAGGUACCAUCCCCAGUUGAGGACAAGUCUCCCGUCGAAUUCCAAGAUAUAUUCUCUCGUCUUCAACAUGCCAUCGCCCACGCCAUGGUCAUCAUGAUCCUCGGACCCGCGCACUCCUCCCCGGUGACAGCUGGUCAUUUCGCCGCUGUGGCCGUCGCAAUGGCACACAUGACCGGCAUGCACGAAAACACACACGAAUGGGCUUGGUUUCCUUCACUAUGGGUCCUUCUUAAUGGCCUCCGCGCUGUACUCUUCACCAUUGUUCCCCAGUUCUUCUUCGCCAUCGUCCCCACGCUCUGGAAAACCCGACAUGAGCACCUCUCCAAUGGCCUAUCCGCACGCCACGGUGAAUACAUACCACUAUUCGACCUCCUUCUGGUAAAGAACUACCACCAGAGAUCUGGGUUAUGCGCUCUGGCGGGAUUCGGCUGGUCAGUCGUUCUCUGCGUGGGGAUGAUCUUCGCCUCGAUCCAUCAGACCGUCGUAGCUGGAACUUGGAUCCUGAUCACCCUGGUCCAGAAACAAGAUGGGUAUCUGCCAGCUAUUCGCGAAGAAUGGGAGACAGUCAUCAAUGCAAACGAGCCUCUGAGCGUAAAGAAACUCACCCAACUCACCCUCUUGGACUCCUUCAUGCGUGAAGUCUUCCGCACGAAAGGCGAUACCUGGGGUCCAGUCCGACAAACCACUCGGCCAGUUCAGGUUGGGCCAUACACACUUCCCAAAGACGCAGUGUGCAUGGUUCUCAUUUCGCGAGCGCACCAACACCAGGAUAACUAUGGUUCCGAUGGGAGGAUCUUUGAUGGAUUCCAGUGGGAGAAGAAGGCCAAGCCAGCUGUUCAAAGCAGCCCAGAAUUCUUGGCGUUUGGGUUGGGGCGAUGGGCGUGUCCGGGGAGGCAGUUGGCGGUUCAUGAGAUUAAGAUAAUGUUGUAUCUGUUUUUCUCACGGUUUGAUGUCAGGGUCAAGGAGGGGAGCUUUAGGGUGGUUAACUGGAUCAAUACCACUUCUGUGCCGCCGGAGGUCACUUUGUUAGUGAGGAGGAGGCUGUGAUGUUUUCAGUGGGACACAGAGUCUUCGUUCCGUCUGUUCUCCAGAUGGCUAGCGGAUUUCCGUUUUGGUCUACUGGUAUGAACGUAGCAUGGUGUAUAGGGGCGCUUUUUUAGGUGGACGUUGCUGAAGUGAUUGGUCAUGGGAUUGUGGUUCUCCUGUGACACGUAUUUGACGCAGGUAGCGUCCCAAACUGCAUUUUAUACAAGUCAGAGAGGUAUACAGGUGCGCAGAAAUUCAACCACG